UGACAAGUGCCUGGAUUAGGACCUGCACCGCUUCCUGUGUGAGGCAGGGUCGUACUCUGCGGAUGUUGUAGACUCUAGCAUGAACCUACAGGAACGGGCCACCGCGUCAACAGACUUCAGUCCAGGCAGAGUGGAUGCAGCAGAGAGACCAUUUCACGGCUGCACUACUAUUUUAACGUUUAAUACCGACUCAGAUUAAGUCUGAGGCUGGUAACAUCAACAGUGAGGACAAACCCAGCCUGCCUCUCUCCUUUAACACUGAGUCCAAACCUACAGUCACUGGGUCCUGAUUGUGUCAGUGGAGCCCAGUUUGCACUGCAGCAUCCAGAGAUGGCAUCAGUGAAGCUGGAAGACUGCAGUCAAACACUGGAGCUGAAUGUCAACAUUAAAGAUGAAGAAGAGGAGGAGAAGAUUGGGGGAUCUGUUAGUUAUGGUAUGAGGCCGGUAACAUCAACAGUGAGGACAAACCCAGCCUGCCUCUCUCUUUCCACACUGAGUCCAAACCUACAGUCACUGGGUCCUGAUUGUGACACUGGAGGCCAGUUUCUACAGCAGGAUCCAGAGAUGACAUCAGUGAAGCUGGAAGACUGCAGUCAAACACUGGAGCUGAAUGUCAACAUUAAAGAUGAAGAAGAGGAGGAGAAGAUUGGUAAAUCUGUUUCUCAUGGACGACUAGAAUUAAGUCUGAGGCCGGUAACAUCAAUAGUGAGGACAAACCCAGCCUGCCUCUCUCCUUCUACACUGAGUCCAAACCCACAGUCACUGGGUCCUGAUUGUGACAGUGGAGCCCAGUUUGCACUGCAGGAUCCAGAGAUGACAUCAGUGAAGCUGGAAGACUGCAGUCAAACACUGGAGCUGAAUGUCAACAAUAAAGAUGAAGAAGAGGAGGAGAAGAUUGGGAAAUCUGUUAAUCAUGGAGACCAUGUUGAGACAUUCUCUACAUCUAGAGAGCAACAGCAGGAAGAUCAGAGAGCUAAGAGGUCUCACCACUGCCCACAUUGUGAGGAGAUUUUCCCAAUUCUAUCAAAGCUAAAAAUACACCUAAAAAUACACACAGGAGAGAAUCCGUAUCCCUGUACUGACUGUGGGAAGAGAUUCACAACAUCAGGGAAUCUGACAGUUCAUCAGAGAGUGCACACUGGAGAGAAGCCUUACUCCUGCCCUGACUGUGGAAAGAUUUUCUCUCGACUGGGCCACUUAAAAAGACAUGAACAUAUACAUACAGGAGUGAAGCCUUACUCCUGCUCUGACUGUGUUAAAUGCUACACAACAUCAGCUGAGCUAAAACUUCAUCAGAGAGUGCACACUGGAGAGAAGCCUUACUCCUGCUCUGACUGUGGAAAGAGUUUCUCUCGACAGGGUUUUUUAAAAGCACAUGAACAUAUACAUACAGGAGUGAAGCCUUACUCCUGCUCUGACUGUGGGAAGAUUUUCUCUCAACUGGGCAACUUAAAAACACAUGAACGUAUACAUACAGGAGUGAAGCCUUACGCCUGCUCUGACUGUGUCAAAUGCUUCACAACAUCAACUGAGCUAAAAGUCCAUCAGAGAACACACACAGGCGAGAAGCCUUACUCCUGCUCUGACUGUGGAAAGAGUAUCUCUCUACUGUGCAACUUAAAAACACAUGAACGUAUACAUACAGGAAUGAAGCCUUACUCCUGCUCUGACUGUGUAAAAUGCUUCACAACAUCAGCUGAGCUAAAGGUUCAUCAGAGAACACACACAGGCGAGAAGCCUUACUCUUGCUCUGACUGUGGAAAGAGUUUCUCUCAAAUGUGCCACUUAAAAAGACACCAAGGUAAACAUAAAGGAGAGAAGCCUUACCACUGAUCUGACUGUAGAAAAUUAUUUUAAAAAGCUGAGCGAAAAGGUCAUCAGAGAACAGACACAGGAGAGAAGCCUUACCUCUGCUCUUAAUUUGGCAAGAGUAACUCAAGCAAAAGUAUAAAGGUAGUUGGUUGUAAAUAUACCUUAGUAUCAAAAGUAAUCUUGAUAAGUGCAUGAAUUGGACCAUUUUCUGUCCUGCUAAUCAUUAAAAAAAUGAAGUUGAGUA